GUCGAUGGGUUUUUGCAUCACUAACCUAACUAAAACCAAACGCAAAAUCAACGGCUAGAAGCGAAGCCAGCAACAAAAUGCGCAGCGCGAAACGUGUUAAAUAAAAGGAAAAACACACUAAAUUAUAUAUUUUUUUGCGGUGUGUGCGUGCGUGUGUGUGAGGUGAGGCAGAGCAGCCGAGGAGAGCGAACGAGGAAGAGGAGUUUCUGUGGAGUAGUGGCGGUGGAGAGAAGCAGAGUGGAAAAGGAGGGGAAAAAGUAAAAGUGGCGGUGCCUGUCUCUAUACGUGUGUGUGUGUGCGUGCGUGCCGCGUGUGUGUUGGUGUGUGCCGAAAAGAAGUUGCAGAAAAACAUUACGCAAAAUAAAAGAGAAAAAUAACCACAACACAACAAAAGAUAUUGUGCAAACAACAAAGAGGAGGCAAAAGGCGAAGGUGAGGCGGCGAAGGAGAGGGGUGAGGAAGACGAGUGAAGAACCAGUGAGUGCGAGCGAGCAAGAACGACCGGCGCAAUGAGCAUCGUUGGCGAGAACCACCCCCUCCCACCCCCACCCCCCGCCAGCACAGUGGUGGUGUCCGCAUCAUCGGCCGGAGGGGGUGUCAUGGGCGUAGGCGUAACCACAGCAAAUGGACCCCGUGUCGUCACCAUUUACAAAACGGAAACGGGAUUCGGAUUCAAUGUGCGCGGGCAAGUUUCCGAGGGGGGUCAACUGCGCUCGAUCAAUGGCGAGCUGUACGCCCCCCUUCAGCACGUGAGCGCCGUCCUUGAAAAUGGAGCAGCCGAGAAGGCGGGCAUCAAAAAAGGCGACCGCAUUCUGGAAGUGAACGGCGUCAGCGUGGAGGGAGCCACACAUAAACAGGUCGUGGAUCUGAUCAAAUCCGGUGGUGACUGCCUAACUCUGACAGUGAUAUCGGUGACACAGCAGGAGGCCGAUCGACUGGAGCCGCAGGAGGAUCAGACCGGCUACUCCUACAUUGAUUACUCGGACAAACGCUCGCUGCCCAUUAGCAUACCCGACUAUGGGAUUGUGAACCGGAAUGGCGAGCGGUACAUUGUCUUCAAUAUACACAUGGCUGGAAGGCAGCUGUGUUCGCGUCGCUAUCGGGAGUUCGCCAACCUGCACUCGCUGCUGCGCAAGGAGUUCUCCGGCUUCAACUUCCCCAAGCUGCCCGGCAAGUGGCCCUUCCAGCUGAGCGAACAGCAGCUGGACACGAGGCGCCGUGGUCUGGAGCAGUAUCUGGAGAAGGUGUGCGCGGUGCGGGUGAUUGCCGAAAGUGAUGCUGUGCAGGACUUUCUCACCGACACCGAGGACGAUAUAUCCGCCUCGCCGGUGGACAUUAAGGUGAUGCUGCCCGACCACGAAGUGAGCACCGUGUCGGUGAAGAAGUCCUCCAAUGCCCAGGUGGUGUGGGAGAUUCUGGUGCAGCGAGCCAAUCUCACCGCCUACACGCAGCAGUAUUUCUACCUGUUCGAGAUUGUCGAGUACAAUUUCGAGCGAAAACUGCAGCCGCACGAGAUACCCCAUCAGCUGUACGUGCAGAACUACAGUACCGCCUCGUCCACCUGCCUGUGCGUCCGACGCUGGCUCUUCUCGGUGGCCAAGGAGCUGACGCUGCCGGAUGGCGAGCAGGCUGCCCGGUUUGUCUUCUAUCAGGCGGUCGACGAGGUGAAUCGCGGCAAUAUCCGGGCCGAUGGACGCCUGUACGAGCUGAAGGCGCUGCAGGACGCCAAGAAGGCGGGCGACUAUCUGGCUUUGGCCCGCACACUGCCAGGAUACGGGGACGUUGUUUUUCCCCACUGCUCCUGUGAUAGUCGCAAGGAGGGCCACGUGGUGCCCGCCGUGGGCAUGAAGAGCUUUCGGCUGCACGCCUGCCGUGAGGAUGGCUCGCUGGAGGCGCAAAUGGUCGAGCUGACCUGGGAUAGCAUCACGCGCUCCGAGAGCGACGAGGAGUCCAUGUCAUUCUGCUUUCAGUACAAUCGUCCAGAUAAGCCAGCACGUUGGGUCAAAGUCUACACGCCAUAUCAUGCAUUCCUUGCGGACUGCUUUGAUCGCAUCAUGGAGGAGCGCAAGUGGGACGACAGCGGCGACUAGGGAAGGCCGAAGGUGCUGCAGGAGGAGCAGAAGCAGAAGCAGGAGCUGGAGCCAGUGGAGCAGAAGGAACAGCAACGGCGGCGUCGGCGGCAGGAAGCACAGAUUAAACCACCCAGUACCAUA